UCGAUAUCUUCGCGGUCACACUGCCCACUAUUCCGCAAAAACAGAAAAAAAUAAAAAAAACUUUUCCGUGAGAUUUGUUCGCACAAAUUGUGAAAAAUACAAUCGAUUGAAAGCGCGCUGCAAUCUCGUUCGUCCCCCCCAUAUGUUUCGGAGUGUGCGGCAGGCAUAAAUGCCACAACAAACGCAAAGUUAAAGUUUCGCACGCGAAGAAGAAGAACAGAACGGACAGCAGCAGCUAUAAUUGUAGAUGUCUUAUUGUUGUUGUUGUUUCUGUUGUACCUGCCCCGACUCUCGCCAUGACGCGGAGAUGAUGCUGCUGCUGGGGCAACACUGAGGCAAGGCAAGGCAAAGUAAAAGUGGUGGAAAUGUGUGUGCAACAAACAACUACGCUGCAGUCGAUGAUGCAGAUGGCGACGUCCCAGCCCCAUUGAUAUCGGGCGCGGGGUGGGGAGCAUUUACUUACAUAGGUGGAAAACUAACUAUCGCCCAGAACUCGUGCGUGCCACAAAAUUGCGCCAAUAAGCAAAAGAGAGGCGAACGCAAACGCAAACAUCGUUUGCUUUAUUGCAUUCCUCGCUCGCACUCACACAUACACAGAAACAAUCACCAAGCAGAGCAGCAGCACUCACGCACACUGGCCAACUCUCAUCCAGCAAACACACGCGCACGCACAUGCCCAUAUGUAUGUGUUCGUGUGUGUACAUGCUGCAGCAACAGAGAUUUUGUCCGCUACUCUCCCAUACACACAUGCAUUUACGCAGCAAAACGCAGCACAACAAAACUACCACCACCACCACCUCGUAUUCUCCUCCGCAAAUGUUUUGCUUGAGUGAGAAUCGAAGAAAUUGAAUCGUUGAACGUCGAACCUCCAGGCCACAACAGGAAGAGGCACAAGGAAGAGUCAGAGACAGAGCAGCAGUCCCUGAAGCCCGCCAAGAUGUCGCGCUGGGGCAAAAACAUCGUCGUGCCGCUGGACUCGCUCUGCAAGGAGAAGGAGAACACCAACCGGCCGACAGUGGCCCGUUCCGUGGGCACCGUGGGCAAAUGGGGCAAAAUGGGCUUCACCUCGACCCGCACCUACACACUCUCCGCCCUCCAUCCGAUGGCAGCGGCGGCGGCAGCUGCCGCAGCAGCCGCCAGUCCCGCCCAAAGCCCAGCCUCCACCCACGACCAUGAUCCGAACGAUCUGUCGGUGUCGGUGCCGGAGCCGCCAAAGCCCAAGAAGUUCUUCAAGUCACGAAACGCAGCGCCGCCCGAGGUGAUUGCCCAAAUCAUCCAGCAGAUGCCGCACUGCGUCGCCACAUCGCCGAUGCGGGAUCAGCACGCGACGCCCGCCGCCGCCCACGAGACCCUCAAGCAGAAGCUGGCCAAAGGCAACUCCGCAGAGCGGAAGCGCAAGUCUCCCAAGAAGAAGGCGGCCACAGCCGCAGCCGCAGCUACGCCGGUGACGCCCUCGACGCCAGGUGCGUUCGGCCUCGAUCGAGAUGACCUGGAUGCCGGCUCGGCCGCGGAGCAUCUGGAGAGUGGCGACGAGCCCCGUUCCAGCAAGAAGAAGCCAAGGGCCAAGGAGGAGAAGAAGCUGAAGCCGGAGGCGCCGCCAUCGCGCAUACUGGGCCGUGCCCGCAAGGCGGUCAACUACCGCGAGGUGGACGAGGACGAUCGCUAUCCCACGCCCACCAAGGAUCUAAUCAUUUCCAAGUCGCGCACCCCAACGGAAACGGUCACAUCAGCAACGGCAACGGCAGCGGCAGCGGCAUUGGGUGCCAACUCCACGGAAGCCAUCAGCUCGACAGCAGCCGGCAGCAGUCCAGAUUCUGGUCCAGCGCUCCCGCCUCCCACAACGGUGCCCAGUGCGGCGGCAGCGGCCGUCGUGGCUGCCGCGACAGCGCUGCCGCUGUCCACAUCCGCCUCCGCCACAAAUCCCACAAGUGCAUCCCGCACGCCGGAGCAUCCGCCCAUUGUGCUGCGCAUUUCCAAGGGCACUUCGCGUUUGGUUAGCACGGACAGCGAGGAGCCGCCCAGCAGUUCGCCAGCGCAUCAGCAGUACCACCAGCAGCACCAGCAGCAGCAGCAGCAACAGCUCCUCCAGCAGCAUCAGCAGCAUCACCUUCAGUACCAGAACCAGAGCCAGCAGCAGCAGCACCUGGAGGAGCCAUUUGGUGGAGGAGGGGCAGAGACUGGAGGCGCAUUGGAGGAUAGAAGAGACGAAGAGAGAGAAAAAGUUCCUGCAGUUACGCCAAAAAUUAUUGUGAAGCCUCUGCGAGCGCCUGGCGCAGAGGGAACGAGUGCCGAGGAGCCAGAGGAGCCCGAGGAGGACGCCGACGAGGAGGAAGAGGAGGAGGAGGAGGAAGAGCCGCCCGAGAUUAACUAUUGCACAGUGAAAAUAUCGCCGGACAAGCCACCGAAGGAGCGCCUGAAGCUGAUCAUCAAGACGGACGUGAUCCGCAACGCCAUUGCCAAGGCAGCAGCAGCGGCGGCAGCCAAAGCCGCUGGCGAGGAGACGCGCAGCGAAAAGAAGUCCAAGAGCAAGAAGCACAAGCACCUCAAGCACGCACAGCUGGCGGAGCAGCAGCAGCAGCAGCAGCAGCUGACAAGCAGCGGUGGAGCAGUGCCCACUGCGACGGCAGUCGUCACGGCCACGGCCACGGUCACAGCGGAGGCAAAUUCCGAGUUUAAGACGCCGUCACCCCACCUGGCACUCAACGAGCAGCAGCAGCAGCAGCAACAGCAGCAGCAGCAGCCACGACAACUGAUUUCACCCACGACCCGGUCGGAUCACGACUUCGAUUCGCAGUCCUCGGUGCUGGGCAGCAUCUCGUCGAAGGGCAACAGCACGCCGCUGCUGCUGGCGCAGGCCGUGCAGGAGGACAGCUGCGUCAUACGCAGCCGCGGGUCGAGUGUGAUCACGAGCGACCUGGAGUCCAGCCAGCACUCGUCGCUGGUGGCGCCACCCUCGGACAUUGAGUCGCGCCUGGAGUCCAUGAUGAUGACCAUCGACGGGGGCUCGGCGGCAGCUGGCACGACGGUGUCGGACGUUGCACCGGGACCGCUGCAGGAGGAUAUUCUGGCCGUGCUGCGCGGCGAUGUGACACGGGUGAAUGGUGCGGGCGAGGAGCCAGCAGCGGCAGCGGCAGCGGUGGAGCAGGAGGAGCAGGAGCCUCAGCCGCCCAAGCGCACGACGCGCGGCAGGGGCAGGAAGGCCAACAACAAUGUGGAUGCGGCACCAGCGGUGGCAGUGGCCGAAACUCGAACACGGGGCAGGGCCAAGGCAGCGGAGGCCACGACAUCUCCCGCGGCUGUGGCUGCGCCUGCGCCUGCCCCUGCCCCUGCGGCUGUGCCCAAGCGUGCCACACGCGGCACUCGCGGCGCCAAGAAGGCGGAACUGGAGAUGGAAAUGGAGGUGGAGUCGGGCAACGAUCCGGAGGAGGCCGCCGCAGCAGCGGCGACUGCCACAGCGUUGCCGCGCCGCGGCCGCAAUGCUGCCGCCCGUGCCAACAACAACAAUUUGGCCAGCAUCAACAACAACAUCAACAAAAUAGCCGCCAGCCUGUCGGCCAAGGCGGAGGCCAGUCGCCUGGCGGAGGGCGGCCCGGCACCGGCUGCCCGCAGCUACGGCCGCAAGCGAAAGAAUCAGCAGGUGACGCAGCUGGUGACGCAGCUGGUGCCGCAGGAAGCGAGCACGGAGAAUGCUCCAGCCGCAGCUCCAGCCGGGAAUGAGGAGGAGGAGGAUGAACAGCCAACGCCCGCCAAAAUGCCACACACCCAGCACGAGCCCGAGGCAGAGGCCGAGGCCGAGGCGGAGGCGGAGGCUGAUGAGGAUGCCGCUGCGGAUCACGACAACGAGCCGGACCCGGAUCCAGACCUCGACGAGGCCGAGGACUCAAAUUCGAACUCGAACCACUCCUCGCUGCAGCACGACGGCUCCUCGUCGUCGCCCCCGCCGCGCGACUUCAAGUUCAAGGAUAAAUUCAAGCGCACCCUCACCCUCGACACGCAAGCAGCCGCCGCAGCAGCAGAAGCGGAGGCGGAGGCAGCAGCCCCAGCGGCAGGAGCGGCAACAGCAACAGCAACAGAGGGAAAUGCCACCUCGACGGUGGCAGCACCAGCGCCACCGCCGCCGGCAGAAGCCGAGCCACGGGGCGCCGUGAAGCUGGUCAUCUCGAAGAAGAAGGGCAGCAUCUUCAAGAGCCGCGCCCUGGUGCCCUCCGACCAGGCGGAGCAGGCGUCGGUGGCCAAGCGGCACCUGUACAAGCACAGCUGGGACGCCGCACUCGAGGCGAAUGGCGGCGGCACGGGCAGCGAUGCCAGCAAUGCCUCGGCGCCCGGCGGCGUCUCCUCCACGGGCGGCAAGGACCACAUGCUGCACAUGCACCUGCUGGCCACCAAGUCGGACGGCGACUUCUGCGACAGUCCCUCCUCCAACAACAACACGAGCAGCGGCAGCUGCUCCUCCUCCACGCUGCGCGACGACAGUCCGGCCCUGGGCCUGGGCCUGGGUCUGGGCAAGGUCUCGCGCAGCACGGCCAAGCAGGUCAGCCUGCCCGUGGCCCACACCAUGGUCGAGGGCUUUGACAUGAAUGCCGCGGAGGUGGAGGAGCUCGGACUGGAGCGGGUUGUGGGCCUGAGCAGUGUGGGAAAUCUAGUCGGCAGCAGCAGCGGCGGCGGCGGAGGCGGAGGAGCCGCUGGCAGCGGCAGUGGCAGUGGCAGCGGCGGCGGCAGCGGCGCUCCCCUGCGGGUGGAUCGCAAGACCAAGGAGUACUACACGGUGGUGCGGAAUGUGAAGACCGCCCAUCAGAUCCAGGAGAUUGGCGAGUACCAGGAGAUGGACGACGACGUGGAGUACAUACUCGACGCCCUGCAGCCGCACAAUCCGCCAGCGACGCGCUGCCUCUCCGCCCUGCAGCUGGCCACCAAGUGCAUGAUGCCCGCGUUCCGGAUGCACGUCCGCGCCCACGGCGUGGUCACAAAGUUCUUCAAGGCCCUGUCCGAUGCCAACCGAGACCUCAGCCUGGGUCUGUGCACCUCGGCCAUAAUGUACAUUCUGUCGCAGGAGGGACUCAACAUGGACCUGGAUCGCGACUCGCUGGAGCUGAUGAUCAAUCUGCUGGAGGCGGACGGUGUGGGCGUGGCGGGAGCUGCCCCCUCCGACCAGCGUGCCAACUACGAGCGCAACAAGCAGAAGGUGCGCGAGCUGUGCGAGGAGAUCAAGGCGCAGGGCAAGGGCACACAUCUGAAUGUCGAGUCCAUCACGGUGGGCACCCUGGCCAUGGAGACGCUGCUCUCGCUGACCUCCAAGCGGGCUGGGGAGUGGUUCAAGGAGGAUCUGCGCAAGCUCGGCGGCCUCGAGCACAUCAUCAAGACCAUAUCGGACUUCUGUCGUCCCAUAAUUGCCUGCGACAUGGACAUGGAGCGGCAGAUCACGUGGGUGCCCGUCCUGCUGGACAACAUGCAGACGGUGGCCCGCUGCCUGCGCGUCCUCGAGAACGUCACGCAGCACAACGAGGCGAACCAGCGCUACAUGCUAACCUUCUCGAAGGGCCGGGCCGUGGACACGCUCUGCCUGCUGUACCGCCUGUGCAGCCGCCAAUUGGUCUUGCAUCCGUCCACCACGGAGCUGGCCACGGGCAGCAACAGCCGCAAGGAGCAUCCGGGCGUGGCCAUGCGCGAGCUGCUCAUCAAUGUGAUGAAGGUGCUGAUCAGCCUGACGCACACCUUCAACGAGGCACAUCCCUCGCUGGGCGCCGAUCUGCUGGGCAAGCGCGGAGACGUGAUCGAGACGAGCUUCCAGCUGCUGCUGCUCUCAAGCAAUUACAUUCCGGACAAUUGUGUCUUCGAGCUGAGCAUUUUGGUGCUCACGCUGCUGAUCAAUCUGUGCAUGUACACGCCGCGCAACCGCACCCAUUUGAUGGAGGCCUUUGCACCAGCCGAAUAUGUGGCGGAGACGCCGCCGGUGCAGGGCAGAGUCAGUGCACUUCAGGCGCUCAUCGAGUACUUCUACAAGUGCGAGGAGCUGGCCAGAUUGGUGGAGAAGAACACGGACGCCUUCCUGGAGAGCAACGAGACGGGCAAGAAGAAACAGGAGGAAGUCGAGGAGACAGUCAACAAUCUGCUUCAACGCGCUGGCCAUCACAUGGAGCACACGCUCAAGGGCAGCUACGCGGCCAUUCUGGUGGGCAACCUUAUCACCGACAACGAGCUGUACGAGGCCAUAGUGCGGCGACAGCUGCGCGGUCACAGCUUCCGCGAGGUUGUCGGCGUGCUGGAGAAAUAUCACACCUUCAUGAAUCUUACGUCCAGCCUGGAGGCCGCUGUUGUGUCUCACAUGAAGUCCACGAAGCGCAUCAUCGACAACUUCAAGAAGCGCGACUACAUCUACGAGCAUGCGGACGAGCUGGAUGAUGGUUUGCCGCUCAAUCUGGAGACCACAGCGCAGGAUCAUCAGGAUGAGCUGGCGGCGGGCAUCAGUGGGGACACGACCACGUCCUCCUCCACCUCCUCGUCGCCGACAUCGUCGACGCGUGUGCCGCGCGUCUACAAGACAUACAGCAGCCACAGAUAAUCGCUGUAAACGGAAGAGGACUACCAGGAGGAGGAGGGGCCCGCCACCAAAAUGUAAUUCGUGUUUGUGUGUUUGUACUCGUGUGUGUGUGUGUGUGUGCACUUGGCUUUGGAUCAGCUCCAUUAUAUAUAGAUGCAUAAUAUAUAUGUAUAGCUGUUUAUGUGUAUAUGGAUAGGUACAUAAGGUUAGCAAAAAGUGUGAAUAUUCGUUUAUUCGUUUGUAUUAACCCCAAAAAGUGAUAGCAAACUCUUGAGCAUGGUCAGCGUUGAAACUACAAGCCGCAAGAAAACAGAAACAAAACCCUAAACCCGAGUGGUAACGGUAAACCUAACUGGCAUUGAUACCGCACCGGAACACGAGCCGGAACUGGAGCACGAACCGGAACCGAAACCGAACCCGAACAAGAACAACACAAAGAUCCAAAUCCACUACUGAUAUGUGUACGUUAUAUAGUCAUAAGCAAUAUUAGCCUAAACUAAACAAACAAAAACAAAAACAAAAAACGAUAAACGAAAACCUACUGCUUACCGAAAGAACAUGUAAAUAUUGUUUAAUCAGCGAUUUUAUGCGAGUGCGUUUUUGGUUUUAAUUUCUAACGUGUCUGUGCAUGUGUGUGUUGUGUGUGUGUGUGUGUUUACUUUUUUUUUACCUAUUCGUACUCUUAAUUAUACAGUAGAUAUA